GGCAGGGCGAAGCGAGCGCGUCGCGUACUCGUAGCGUUCAGUCGUGUAGGCGCGUUUGCACGGGGUCGUUCUUCGGCGAUAUCGUUGCCGUUCGCGGGAACGUCCCGACGCGUCGCCGCCGAACCAGUUUGUACUAUACGCGAGCGCGUGUGUGACGUGUGCCUGGUUCAUUUCAUUCCCGAUAAUCUCGCGAGGGAUCGAGUCGGCAUAUUAUAAAGGAUAAAACAGAGGUGGGACACGAUGAGAGGCGCGUGUGGAAACAGUGUGUAGUGACCGUUGGAAACGCCGUUGGCACGCGGGACCCGAAGGAAGGCGUCGGGGAAGGGUACAGAGCGGCCCGAGAAGAAGAGGAUAGACGGCGUGGUGUGUUUCGCCGAGGACGCCGCCGGACGCGCGCUGUGGACCGCCAUUGGAGGCGGAGAGGUGGAUCGUUCGGGGACCGUUGACGAUGCUGGGAAAAUGCGUCGCGCUGCGGUCCGGGGCGAGGCCCCGUACUCUCGUCGCGCUACCCACGUCGCCACCCGUCCUCCUCACCAGCGUGCUGUUGCUACUGCUCAGCGGAACUUACGCGUCUGCAACGAGAUUGAGGCACUCAAGACACCUGGACGUGAGAUCGCAGUUUCUGGGCGAGGGUGUAUUAUCGCUCGAUGAAAAUCACAACCACAAGCCGGUGUUCUCCAAUUGCUCGAAUUACGCGCCGGUGGUGAAGGAGGAGGAACCGCCUGGCACGGUGGUGAUCCAGGUGCAUGCCGAGGAUAGGGAUCCGCCGGAGGAUGGAGGUACCAUUACAUACAGCUUCGUGACUGGUCCUGAGGAAAAAUUAAAAUUCAAAAUCAACAACAAGACGGGCCUCAUCACGACGACCCAGAUGCUCGACAGGGACGAACCCGCCAGAGAGAAGGAGGCUUAUCUCACGGUACUCGCAACCGACAAUGGAAAGCCGGAGCUGGAUGACGUGUGCACAUUUAAAGUCACUAUCGAAGACGUCAAUGACAACGGACCAGUCUUCGACAAAGUGGUCUUCCGUGGAUAUGUGUGGAAGGCAUACACGGAAUCUGUGCCGCAAGAUUUACCGGUGGGUCGCCAGGUCAUGCGAGUUUCUGCCACCGAUAUCGACAAUGGCAACAAUUCCGUCGUACGGUAUAGUCUGUCUCCUAAGAGACCGGAUGAUGCUGUAUACUUUCGGAUCGACCGCGAGUCCGGUGUCAUAUUCCUCAACAAGGCUAUAGACCGGAAUCCAGAUUACACAUUUAGUAUGACGGCGAGGGCCGAGGAUCUUGGCGAAUUCCCGCAGAGCAAUAUCAUUGAGCUUAACAUACGGGUUGUGGAAUCGCAUAAGAAGGCGCCAACUUUUCUACCGAGGUCACCGGAGCCGAUCAGACUUAAGGAGAAUUUUAACGAUUUCGAUUCUAGCAUUGUCCGUUUGAAAGCGGUUUCCAACAUCGAAAAUUCUAAUAAUUCGGACGAUUCGUCUCUAACGUUUGAGCUCGUGACCGGCCGAACAGAACAGACCAACAAGGGGAACACUUUUAGAUUGGAAUCCAAUAAAGAUGUAGCAGAUAUCAAGCUCUCUCGCCAUCUUGAUUACGAGAGUAACACGCAAUACUCAUUAAUAGUGAGAGUACAAAACGAGUAUCAGUUAGCUGCUGAAACGGUGGUCGAUAUCGAAGUUCUAGACGUAAAUGACAACAUUCCAGUCUUCCGUGAACUCAAAACAGGAAGCGUGUUAGAGAACGAACCUCGAGGAGUUUCUGUGAUGCAAGUGCGAGCCAUUGACUUUGAUGGAACGUCCGCUAAUAAUCAGGUUAGCUACAAGUUGGAGAACUUCAAGGACCUCUUUGCCAUCGACCCGCAAACUGGUAAUAUCACUACGUUAGUGACAUUCGACAGAGAAGUAAAAAAUAUCUACAGUGUGAAAAUAAUAGCAACGGAUAAUGCUCCGAGUGCUUUGCGCAAAAACGGCGAGCACAAUGAAGGAAAACAGGAUUUCCAAAUCGAAAUCGCUGAUAAGAACGACAAUCCGCCUCGUUUUACCCGGAAAGUGUACACUCAUAAUUCGAUUGACGAAAGCGCCGACAUUAACACGGCCGUGACUGAAGUCAAAGCCAACGAUCCCGAUACGGCGAGCUCUGUCACGUACAGCAUCAUAUCGGGAAACACCGACGACAGUUUUUAUAUUGAAGCUAUAUCGGGAGUGAUUCGCGUGAACAAGCCGCUCGAUUAUGAAAAAAUCACCAAGUACAAUUUGACUGUGAGAGCGUCCGACGGUGUGUUUAAUGACACGGCGCAAGUCGAGAUUUUUGUCGAAAACGUUAAUGACAAUUCGCCGGUCUUCGAAGACUUCAACAAAAAUCCGACGAUAGAGGAAGAAAAAUUGGUGGACGGAUGUAUCACCACUGUGGUGGCUUAUGACCCUGAUAUCGAAGAUAGAAAUGCCGAUCAGCAUAUUGCCUACUUCAUCGUCAAGGAAGAACAACGGCCCUUAAUAGGAAUCGACAAAAUAGGCUGUAUGAAAUUGAAAAACCCAUUAGAUCGUGACCCACCGAAUGGUCACGUUACGUGGAUUGUCUCCGUAAUGGCAAGAGACGAGGAUGAUUCGCCUACGGCUCUUAGGUCCACGGUGCAGGUUAAUAUUACUCUCAUAGAUAUCAAUGACAACGCACCAUUUCUCGAUAUGCCUUACCCAGUAAUUUGGGGUGAAAAUAAACCACCCAGCAUGAUAACCGAGCUUAGAGCACGAGAUUAUGACUCCGAGGAGAAUGGCCCGCCAUUUGAGUUCAAAAUUGACAUCACUGCGGACCAGGAAAUCACAAAAAAAUUUGAUAUACGCGAGACUAGUUUAUAUGCGCGAGUGGUGUUUGAUCGAGAGGAGCGGAAAAGUUACGAUAUACCGAUCGCAAUCACGGACAGUGGUGUGCCACCUAUGACGGGUACUUCGACGCUUACUGUGAUCAUAGGCGACGAGAAUGAUAAUCCUAUGCGGGAGGGCUCGAGUUCUAUAUUUGUUUACAAUUAUAAAGGAGAAUCUCCUGACACGGAAAUCGGACGCGUUUAUGUUAAUGAUCCGGAUGAUUGGGAUCUGCCGGACAAAUCUUUCGAUUGGGCUUCUCCUCACGACGGUUUCCAUCUUAAUACCAGUACCGGUAUGAUCACUUUACUGUCGGGUACAUCAAACGACACCUUCGUGUUGAAAUUUAUCGUCACCGAGAAAGGCCAAACUAUUCCAUUGCAUCAAGUACAUGCCUACGUGAACGUCACUGUCAAGGAACUUCCCGAAGAAGCUGUUGACAGAUCCGGUUCCGUACGAUUUCAUGGACUGACGGCGGAGGAAUUUGUGGAACCUGACGAAUCGGGUGUCAGUAAAAAGGAGGUAUUCCAAGAGAAAUUGGCAACUAUGCUGAAUACAUCGGUCGAGAAUGUCGACGUGUUCACUGUACUUCAUUCGCCUCAUCACAACAAUAGAAGCUUGUUGGACGUCCGAUUUUCGGCGCAUGGCAGUCCGUAUUACGCUCCCGAGAAGUUGAAUACGAUUAUAGCGCAGCAUUCGAAAGAAAUCGAACGGGGGAUGAAAGCGGAUAUCUUAUUGAUGAACAUUGACGAGUGCCUAUUCGAGAAGCUCCACUGCAACAAUUCAUGCCGCAACUUCUUGAACGCCAGCACCGUUCCAUAUGUCGUCUACACCAAUACCAGUUCAUUUGUCGGUGUUAGGGCGGUCGUAGAUCCGCAGUGCACUUGCCACGUAGCGGAACCUAUCGUCUGCUUGAACGGUGGUACGCCUCUGGCAGAACGAUGUGAGUGUCCGCCUGGUCUAGAAGGGCCGAAAUGCGAACUGCUGGGCAUUGGAUUUCACGGAGACGGUUGGGCUAUAAUGCCGCCGCCUGGUCAAGCUUGCGACGACUCACAUUUAGGAUUGGAGAUAACGCCACACGUGGACAAUGGUCUUGUAUUCUAUUUCGGUCCCAUGACUUACAAUCCGAAGCUUGGAAUUCAGGAUUUCAUGUCUUUGGAACUUCAACAUGGCUUCGCUGUAUUGUAUGUUGACUAUGGAACGGGCACUGUAAGGCUAGAUCAGAGACAAAUCAAAUUAACGGACGGCAAGAGGCACAGAAUAGACGUUUACUGGAAGAAAACUUCGAUAGAGAUGAUAGUCGAUAAGUGCGGCAUAUCCGCUUGCAUGAGUCUCACUGCACCGCAAGGCACCAGUGAAUUUUUAAACGUUAACAGUCCGAUGCAAGUAGGUGGUACAUUGACUAAUUUAGCGCACUUAGCAUCAAGUUUGAAAUGGGAUCAUAAACCAACUGACAAAGGAUUUGUUGGCUGUAUACGCAAUAUGACAUUCAAUGGAAAUACGUUUAAUUUAGGUAUGCCAUCGCUGUCCAGAAAUGCGGAUCCUGGCUGCGAUCAUGGCAUGGCAAAGGCCAUCUCGUUCGGAAUUGACACGAAUUUUAUAGUAGCUAUUUUAGUUUGCGUCUUGAUAUUGUUAAUAUUGCUCGUGGCGGUAGUUGUGCAUAGGAGAAAGACGGAUGAUCUGUAUAAAGAUAUGGAUGAUAUCAGAGAAAAUAUUAUUAAUUACGAGGACGAGGGAGGCGGUGAGACUGAUGCGGGUUAUGAUUUAAACGUCUUGAGAGCCAUUUACGACGCACCACCUAUUGAUUCUAAGAUAGCUCCAAUUGGCCUACAGGGUAGAGGAACCGACGAAGUUCCAGACAUUUGUGGCUUUCUAGAUGGAAAGAAAGAAAGCUGCGAUAAAGAUCCCGAUACAAAUCCAUUCGACGAUGUAAGGCAUUAUGCUUACGAGGGAGAAGGGAAUUCCGAAGGCGACCUAUCGUCAUUAGCUUCGUGCACUGAUGAUGGAGAUCUCAAUUUUAAUUAUCUAUCUAAUUUUGGACCAAGAUUUAGAAAAUUGGCAGAUAUGUAUGGAGAAGAUCCAAGUGACGAGGAAAGUGACGGAGUCGGUGAACGAGAGAGCGAAAGCUGGUGUUGAGUUUUCCUAAAUGACAACAUAGAUAUAAAAUUUUAACGCAGAAAAUGCACACAGCUUGCAGAUUCGCUCCCGAUUGUGAUUCAUGUAACCAUAAUUAGGAGCAUACACGCCGCAGAGUUUACACUGUGCAGGUUCGUGCGUUUCCACAGCCCCAGCUUCCAAUUAAUUGGAAAGAAACGAGGUU